AUGGAAGCAUCAUGCGAGAGGAACCCUAAUCCCACCGCUCAACAGGAAGAGGAAGAGAUAACCAUAUCUGUGAGGAUUAUCAAAACCGUGAGUGCAAAGAUCAACAAAUCCGAGACCGUUGCAAGACUCAAAACCUUGUUGCGCGAAGAGGAAGGCGUACAAGAAUGCCUCCAACAGUUCUUCAUGCAGGGCGGCACACGCCUCGAGGAUGACAAAAGGCUUGUGGAUUAUGGCAUCCAUGGACACUGCACCCUCAACGCUUUCGUUGAAAACUCGGUGCCAUUUAUGUUGUCUGUCAGGAUCCCCUCCCCUAAUAAGAAAGCAGUUAUCCAGGCCAAAGAAAACAUCCCUCCCAACCAGCACACUUUGUUUUACAACGGAAAACAACUGGAAGAGGAUAAAACCUUAGCGUCUCUCGGGAUCCGAGGCCAUUCGACGCUCCACAUGAUCUUUAAUCCCAAGGAAACCUUAAAGGUUCAUGUGAAAACAUUAACCGGAGAAGCCGUGGAAACACAGGUUAGGAUCCUUUACACCAUUCUGGACGUGAAAACCGUGGUGGAGAGCAAAGUUGGGUACCCAGUGAAGGUUCUUGAAUUUGGAGGAAAGAUGCUGGAGGAUUCAGAGACUAUAUUCAUCAAAUGGGGUGGGAAAAGCACAGGCGUUGAAGUGUUCUUAUGGGAAACGGUUAAGAAUCUGAAAGAAGCUAUCUUUAAGAAGCUGGGGGUGCCAGUUCAUGUGCAGAAGCUGGUGUUUGAGGGGAAAACCAUGAUUGAUUCCCAGGAAUUGGCAAGCUAUGGAGUCCGGAAAGACUCUAACAUUCAGUUGUCAGCAAAGUUUUUCAUGGUGAUAUGA